UAAAAAAAUUAUUUUUUUAGCAAGGUGGCGCACAUGGCCCUCUUCCUCUCUCCUCCCAUCUUCUCCCAUCUUCGGUAUUUAUGAACUCCCCCACUCCUCUCCUCCCACUCUCUCUCUCUCUCUUUUCUUCUUCUUCUUUUGAAUGGAGGGAGCGAACCCUGAAUUGAAGAGGAGGAGAUCGAGGUCGGGGGCGAUAAGAAGACGAGAGACGAUGAGAAGAGUGAGGAGGGAAAAUGGGGGAUCGGUGAGGAGGAAGGUUAUAGAGCUACAGAAGCUGGUGCCCGGCGGCGAAGAGCUCCGGCCGGAACAACUCUUCGCUAGAACGGCAAAUUAUAUCUUUCAACUCCAGGUGCAAGUUCGUCUUCUACAGGCCUUGUCUAAGCUGUAUGUGGCUUGAAUUAUUUGCAAGUAUGAUUAUCUGUUUGUGAAGCUGUAUUAAUUCUUAUUUUUUAAAAUAAUUGUGGUGUUUUUGCUUUUUCUUUAGGAAAUAUGUUUGGGGAGGAGUGAAGGAAGAAUUUGAGGGAAUUAUGUGUUUUGUUGAUGAUGAUUGUGAGUAUAUAUAAAGGAUUUUAUUGGAGGAAUGUGUUGAUAGGGGUAUUUGUUUGAUUUUGUUAUUGGUGGGAUAAUGCUA